CUGAUGAGCUGGGCGUGCGGGCGUUCCCACCCCGCCCUCCAGGGCCCCCACAGGACCGUCCUGCAGUGAGAGGCCGCCCCUGUCGGACGCGCCGGGCCUGGGAUGGAGCCCGGGACCCCUUGGCCCGCAGCUGUGGCCUCCGGGAUGAGCCACGGGGCCAGCAGCAUCCAGACCACCGGCACGCCCGAAGCCGGCGUGUGCUCCCUGGCGCUGCCCUCCGACCUGCAGCUGGACCGGCGCGGUGCCCCGGGGCCCGAGGCUGAGCGGUUGCGCGCCGCCCGCGUCCAGGAGCAGGUCCGGGCCCGCCUCCUGCAGCUGGGCCAGCAGGGCCGCCACAACGGGGCCGCGGAGCCCGAGGGGGCCCCCGAGGCGCCCAGAGGCCCGGCCCGCGGUCACUACCACACCCUGCAGGCUGGCUUCAGCUCCCGCUCCCAGGGCCUCGGAGGGGACCCCUCGACCUUCCGGCCCAUCGCCAAGCCCGCCUACAGCCCUGCCUCCUGGUCGUCCCGCUCGGCCGUGGAUCUGAGCUGCAGCCGCAGGCUGAGCUCUGCCCACAACGGCGGCAGCACCCUCGGGGGAGCGGGGUACGGGGGCCCCCAGCCCGCGGCGUCCGCCCGGCCCGUAUCCUUCCACGAGCGCGCCGGGCCGGGUGGCCGGGCCGACUACGACACCCUGUCCCUGCGCUCACUGCGGCUGGGGGCCGUGGGGCUGGACGACCGCUACAGCGUCGUGUCUGAGCAGCUGGAGCCCCCGGCCGCCUCCGCCUAUAGGGCCCUCGCCUACGAGCGCCAGGCCGCCUGCGGCCGCGUGCAGGGCCCCGACUGGCCAGACGCCAGUGAGGGGCCGCCCGGCCGCCCCAUUCGCGCACCGGCCAUGCGGACCCUGCAGCGGUUCCAGAGUAGCCACCGCAGCCGUGGCGCAACCGGGGUGGCGCCGGGGGCAGCCCUGGAGCCCAUGGCCCGAGCACCCUCCGUGCGCAGCCUCAGCCUGAGCCUGGCCGACUCCGGCCACCUGCCGGAUGUGCGAGGACUGGACAGCUACGGCGGCCACCGCAGCCUGCAGAGGCUCAGCAGCGGAUUUGAUGACAUCGACCUGCCCUCGGCGGUCAAGUACCUCAUGGCCUCGGACCCCAACCUCCAGGUGCUGGGCGCAGCCUACAUCCAACACAAGUGCUACAGCGACGCAGCGGCCAAGAAGCAGGCCCGCAGCCUUCAGGCUGUGCCCCUGGUGAAGCUCUUCAACCACGCCAACCAGGAGGUGCAGCGCCACGCCACAGGCGCCAUGCGCAACCUCAUCUAUGACAACGCAGACAACAAGCUGGCCCUGGUGGAGGAGAACGGCAUCUUCGAGCUGCUGCGGACGCUGCGCGAGCAGGACGAUGAGCUGCGCAAGAACGUCACAGGCAUCCUGUGGAAUCUGUCCUCCAGCGACCAUCUCAAGGACCGCCUGGCCCGGGACACCCUGGAGCAGCUCACGGACCUGGUGCUGAGCCCCCUCUCAGGGGCCGGGGGGCCACCCCUCAUCCAACAGAACGCCUCUGAGGCCGAAAUUUUCUAUAAUGCCACCGGGUUCCUCAGGAACCUCAGCUCAGCUUCCCAGGCUACUCGCCAGAAGAUGCGCGAGUGCCACGGGCUCGUGGAUGCCCUGGUCACCUACAUCAACCACGCCCUGGACGUGGGCAAGUGUGAGGACAAGAGCGUGGAGAAUGCCGUGUGCGUGCUGCGGAACCUGUCCUACCGCCUGUACGAUGAGAUGCCGCCCUCGGCCCUGCAGCGGCUGGAGGGCAGGGGCCGCAGGGAUGCGGCGGGGGCGCCCCCCGGCGAGGUAGUGGGUUGCUUCACACCUCAGAGCCGGCGGCUGCGAGAGCUGCCCCUCACGGCCGACGCGCUCACCUUCGCUGAGGUGUCUAAGGACCCCAAGGGUCUCGAGUGGCUGUGGAGCCCCCAGAUCGUGGGGCUGUACAACCGGCUGCUGCAGCGCUGCGAGCUCAACCCGCACACAACCGAGGCGGCCGCGGGGGCACUGCAGAACAUCACGGCGGGCGACCGCAGGUGGGCAGGCGUGCUGAGCCGCCUGGCCCUGGAGCAGGAGCGCAUCCUGAACCCGCUGCUCGACCGGGUUCGCACCGCCGACCACCACCAGCUGCGCUCACUGACCGGCCUCAUCCGAAACCUGUCUCGGAACGCCAGAAACAAGGACGAGAUGUCCACCAAGGUGGUGAGUCACCUGAUUGAGAAGCUUCCUGGCAGCGUGGGCGAGAAGUGUCCCCCGGCCGACGUGCUGGUCAACAUCAUAGCUGUGCUGAACAACCUGGUGGUGGCCAGUCCCAUCGCCGCCCGGGACUUGCUCUACUUCGACGGGCUCCGAAAGCUGGUCUUCAUCAAGAAGAAGCGGGACAGCCCCGACAGUGAGAAGUCCUCCCGAGCGGCCUCCAGCCUCCUCGCCAACCUGUGGCAGUACAGCAAGCUCCACCAGGACUUCCGGGCGAAGGGCUAUCGGAAGGAGGACUUCCUGGGCCCAUAGCGAGGCCUUCCUGGAGGAGGAGGAUGCAAUGUAGCCCGGCCUACAGGAGACAGGCUCAGCUCCGCGCUGCUUGCUGGCCAGCACAGCGGAGGAGGCUCACGGCCUGGGGCCUCUCGCUGGAGCCCCGUGUGCAACUCUGAAAAGCCCAGGACACCAGGGAGGGGCUGGGGGCUGGUUGUAGGGACUUGGCUUCUAUAGGGCAGGGGGUAGGGCAGGGCUUGAGGCUGCUCUGGUGCGUGGGGUGGUGACCAGGUCACAGGGGCAGAGGUGGGAGCUGCCAGUGCUGGUAAUAAAGGUGGCCAUGAACACA